AUGCUGCAGGCGUGCACGCAGGAGGCGGGGGGGGGCGGAGGGAGCGGGGACGAGGGCGGAGAUGGGACGGAGGACGAGGGGAGGGAGGAGGAGAAGGAGGCGGAGGCGCGCGAGGACGACAAGCCCAAGAAUAGUCGCUCUAAUAAUUACAGCUUGGCUUGGCAGCCAUAUCCGGAUGCCUGUGGGCGCCAAGUCGAGCGGAGCCGCAGAGCUCCAGCCUUGGCCGUCCGACCCCCUCGGCCGGCCCGUGCCAAUCCGCCGUCGCCGUCGCCGGUGUUGCAGUGCGGCGGGGGGCUGUCUUGUCCCUGGGUCACCGUAGCCAUGCGCAAGCUGCCUCCCGCCCUCCCCGCCCCUCCCCGUUCUAGCAACAUGCCGUCGUUCGCACUCCUGAGCUCAGACGUCGUGGACCGCAUCUUCGUCCACUUGCCCGACUUCAACACCCUCGCCGCCUUUCUUCGCUCCUCAAAGUGCACAUACGCCGUCUUCCAAGACCGCCCAAAGUCCAUCGUCCGCGCCGUGUCUUACAACGUCCUCGCCAUCCCUGAACUCUACCCCGCUGCACUGAGACUUGCGCGCAGAGCCGUCGCCGACUACGACCGCGACGACGAAUGUAGAUACGAUCCUGAACCAGGUCCUGACGAGGCACAGACCGUUCACCAGCCUCUCUCCCGCUCUGAUGCACAUGAGUUACAGCUCCGCGCUCGCAUCGUAGCAGACCUUGAAGAUCUCUUCAGCUGGAGACACAAAGAUCGCACUGCGUCCACCAGCCGUCUCACCUACGCCGAGUCGCUCGCCUUUCGCCGUGCCAUGUAUCGCUUCUGGCUCCUCUGCGACUGCAGAGACCCGCCCGAGGACAUAGACUUUGACGAGAUCGACGACGCGCAAGCGACUCGCGCAGAUUUCAUCGGCUCCUUUCCCUUCUCUCAAAUGCUCGAGCUCGCCCGUGUCGCCGACUUUGUCGCGGACACUCUCGAUUGGGCUCGCGGUGCAGAGGCAGUGGUAUACGGCAAGAUGCCCAUGGAGAACGUCAACUUCUUUAGAGAUAUAUCCUCCGUGGGCCCGCAACAGGCUUGGGAGGCGUACAGGACCAUGUCCUUGUACCAGCCAGACGCCGUCGAGAUCGGCUUCUUCUGGUCUGCGUAUGCGCUCGCCCUCGAACGUAGAGGGGUGUCCGAAGACGAACGCCCUGAGAAGCACUUGAAGGCGAUUGUGACUAGUAUCACCGGCGAGCAGGAUACCUACUGGCCCCUCCUCCGACCGUAUAUCAAUGCAACCACGUUGUACUUCCUCCUUCCCGGCAGCCUGACUAGAAACUCCAACGAGAAGUCGCUGCUCUACACGUACAUGUCCGAAAGGUCACAGGGCGCGUUUGAUCAUGGCGCACUGGUGCGGGAGAUAUUGCGCGUCGCGGAUCCAGACGCACAGGGCGCGGACGUGUGGGCGGAGGACGAGUGGUACUGCAUGAGCUGUCUUCGUGCACUGCUCGCGCGUCGCGUCAUGCUCUGGUGGCAUUCUAAGAAACAAGAGAGGGGCCUAGCUAAUGCGGAGAAUUGCUGGCAAGUCCCGCUGCACCGAUGGCGUCUUUGUGUGCUCACUGGCUUUGCGAUGGAUAGCAUCUCUGCGCUCCGACCCCUGGUCGCGACGAUGGCAAAAGGUUCUGACCCGACGUGUCGACGCUCGCUGCAAAGUCGACCAAAAAAGACGCCCACGGCUUUCUUCCCGACCGCCACCGCCCCCAUCGACCUCGUCGGGGCGAAUGCUGCCCUCGACACCGCUCGCCCCCAGCCUCCUACCUCUCGUGUGGCCAAACGCAACCAGCCCUCUCCCAUCGACAUGAUCCACGCAGUGCUCAUCUUCAACACCUCCGGCGUGGCCCGCCUGACCAAGUUCUACUCGCCGCUGCACCGCUCCGCGCAGGCCCUCGUCCAGCGGAUCUUCGCGCUCAUCGCGACGCGCCCCAGCGGGCUCUGCAACUUCCUCGACGCGCCCGAGCUCGAGGGCUUCCUCACCCCGCCCGCGGGCUCCGCCGAGCGCCCGCGCGUCGUGUACCGCUCCUACGCGACGCUCUUCUUCGUCUUCGUCGUCGACAGCGCCGAGAGCGAGCUCGGCAUCCUCGACCUCAUCCAGGUCUUCGUCGAGUCCCUCGACCGCACGUUCGAGAAUGUCUGCGAGCUCGACCUGGUCUUCCACUUUGACGAGGUGCACCACAUCUUGUCCGAGGUCAUCCAGGGCGGACUCGUGCUGGAGACCAACGUGGAAGAGAUCGACCGCCGAGUCCAAGAGUCCGCGAAAGCACGCAAAGAGUCGUUCGCUUCCGCGAAUCCCCUCUCGCUCGGCGGCGGGGUGGUUGGCUCAAGAGGAACGGGGCUGCACACCCUGGGAUGGCUAACGGAAAGGCUGACCGGCGGAACGAGGGGAUGA